AUGACAAAAACUUGUAAAAAUCUCGAAUGUGUUAUUUGUUGUGAUCAAAAAGACAAUAUAUUGAAUAUGACAAUUCAAUGUACUCAUGAACCAUCAACUUGUCAAGAUUGUAUUAAUAAAUAUGUGAACAAUCAAUUAAGCAAAAAAAAUAUAUUGAUCAAAUGCCUCGUUGAUGAAUGUGAUAGUACAAUGGAAUAUCAGGAUGUUAAACGUGUUGUUUCUAAUGAACUUUUUCUCAAAUUUGAUGAUGUUUGUUUAAAACUUGCUCUUCAAUCAGAACCUGGUUUUCGUUGGUGUCAAGGCAGAUCUGAAUGUGGCUCUGGACAAAUUCACAUUGGAGGAGGCAUGUAG